CCAGGGCCUGUGUGUGAGGGAGACCCUGUACCUAUCCACUUCGGCCUAUAUCUUUCGUCAUAAUGCUAUCGCAGCUCUUCUCUUGCUCUACACCACCGCUUCACGAGAUUAAAGGGCUCUAGUAUUGGACUCCCUCGCGCUUGACGAGCACAUUGUCGUCAUGGCGAAGGGUCAACACUAUGCCCUCCACCACUCGGCUUUGAUGACCCGGCUGACUCGUGGCUUGACUUCAUUUCCUAUAUCUUUACUAUCAACAUCGCCUAGUACAACGUCCAUGGCGUCACGUUCCAUUUACAUUCCUUGCCAGUCAUUUCCUGCUUGAAAUUACCGACUCAAUUUGCUCUUUCUGUCCUUCUUUUUCUCUGAUCCCGGCCCCGGCCAAACCCCAGACAAUACCCUCUCUCCCACUACAGCAGAGCUAACGCCGGCCUGACUCAAUCCCUUUAUGAAUCUCUACUAAGCGAAACAGUUUCGACCUUCAUCAGAUGCCAAGGGGCUCACGACGAGGACGAGGUAGACAUCAAAAUUCUAGCCGGGUCACCGCAUCUAGGAGAGUCACGUCCAACUCGCCUUCAACAUCACAGUCCCGAACUUCGUCGGGCCAUACCACUGCACACAACACGGACAGCCAGACGCCACUCAGACGGUCUGCCCGAAUCGCCGAAUUGCUCAACGGACAAUCAGACCGUCAAUUGGCCGAUACUGCAUGCUCAAUGGCUGACGUUGCGAGGCCGAGGGCGCUUGGGGGAAGGUCCCAUCGCCCAGUUCAUCACCCUGGAAGUGCGCGCACUUCUGGGAAUUCAAGAUCAGGUCGACUUUCCCUUUCACCCGACGAAAUUCGGUACGCUAUGGACAUUGUAGUCCAACCGCCGCGCACCGCCCAAGUCGGACAGACCAUACCUGGCUCCAUCAUUGUCCGAUUGCGAACCACCAAUGCUGACGCCGAUGACGCUAUUGCAGACUCGACCAACCUUGUCGCAGUCGCCGCUCUGGUUCCUGCUUCCAGUUUGUCAGACUCACCGGACCCCAGCGCUCUCAAUACACUGCUCUCAGGCCGAAUCUUCGACACUGUUCACCCUUUUAGCGACGAUGAGGCCGACGGCUUCAUUGCUUCAAUGGACAUGGCUGAUCCAAACGGCGUGGGCUACAUGCGCUUCCCUGAGCUUACCAUCCGUCAAGCGGGUACAUAUCGCAUACGCAUCACCCUGAUCCGCAUCCGGAAUUCCGCAUCAGAUCCACCAGUCACAUCAGCCGGCAACGGCUUGGCGGUACAUGUGGUCGAUAGCAAUCCUAUUGUGGUCAGUGGCGGGGGAUCCGCCACAAGUACGGCUUCACGCAACGGGGGUGACGACAUUGAUGAUGGUGGUUGGCUUGAAGUCCUACGCUCGAUUCAGGAUAGGCGCCGGUCACGGUAACGCCAUUACUUUCGGUUUACAUGUUCUUUGUUGCAUUUUUUAGUUACAUGGAUAUACAUUUUUGUUCAAGAAGACACAUUUUCAUUCCGACGGCUCUGUCGGUUCAGUUCAUUUUUUCUUCAUUCUAGCUUCAUGUGGAAAUGCCACGCGCUUUUUGAUGAUUAUAGGGGUUGUGUUGUACUGAGGUUGCCACUUGGUCGCACCUAAGUUGCACGGGAUCUGCACAUCCGACACAACGUUUGUAUCACGGUGCUUGCUCGGCUUGCAUGCAUGCAUUGCAUUACACGUCAUUUUGUAUUGUUCAUGUUUGUUAUUAGUGUGUCAAGAACAUUGACACAUUAAUACAGUUUCCGUGCUCAAUAAACCUCAUUCAAAUAGUAGUAAACUAGUGUCAAUGAAAUGCAUAGUCGAA